GCCCGAUCCCCUGCCCCACAGCCCGGCCCCGCCGCUUCCGACGUGCAGAGAGCCGAGCGCCGCCCCGCACCCCCCGCGCUCGCCUCCCCUCCGUUCCCUGCCAGGACUCGGCGAGAGCCCGAGCGGCAGCGGCGCAGGGCUCAGCCCCGGGGCGGAGCUGGCGGCGGCCCAGAGGAGGCGGCACGGCCGCAGCAGAGCCGGGGCUCAGGGGCACAGCGAGGCUCGGCCGGCGGAGCGGCGGCAUGCGGCGGUGUCGGGGCGCGGGGCUGGCGGCGCUGGCCGCGCUGCUGCUCGUGGCUGUGGCCAGAGCCCAGGUGCAGCAGGAGCCGUCACUGGAGACCACCGAGGGCACCGGCAUCAACAUCACCUGCUCACAUUCCAAUAUACAGUCGAAUGAAAUGAUCUACUGGUACCGACAGCUUCAGGAGAAAGGCCCCGAACUCCUCGUGAGCGCUCACAAAGGGCUCAGAGAGCUGCCGGACAAUGCAGGACGGCUGUCGGUGUCGGCAGAUCGGCGUUCGAGCGCGCUGUGGCUCGCUGGGCCCCGGCGCGGGGACGCGGCCGUGUAUUACUGCGCACAAAGGCCUCUUAGCAGUAUGUGGACAGAUAAGCUUUUAUUUGGACCAGGGACGACUCUCACAGUUCUACCAGACAUUUCAAAAACUUCUGACCCUCAAGUCAUUGUGAUGAAAUCAAAGAAACUGGAAGAAGACAACAGCUCUGGGAACGCAGCUUGUUUGGCAAGGAACUCCCCUACAAAGAACAUCAGCUUGGAGAUGCCCUCUCAGGAGGUGGUCUAUGAACAGGGCACAUCCAUUUUGACGUCAGAGGGCUUGUACAGUGCAAUUAAAGUGGUCAGGGUGACAGAAGACACAGAGGUGACCUGCACGGCCCAGUUCGACAACCGCACGAUAACAGCACAGCCAGAAGAGGAUGGUGAAGAGCCAGUAACAGAGGCCAAUGACCGGGUUUGCAACAACACAGAGCCCUCAGCACAAGAUGCUGGAGGGCAGAGAGUGAACAUGCUGUCCAUGGCUGUGUUGGGUUUGAGAGUCCUGCUGGCAAAGAGCAUGGCCUUCAAUGCCCUCAUGAGCAUCAAGUUGUUUCUUUUCUGAGACAUGUGGAAUGAACCCAAAGAAGAGCAGGAAAGAACGUGAACCAGCAGCACAAGGGGGUGGAACAAGCAGGGCCAGAGCUGCUGACAGAGACCACCCAGGGCACAAGGCAGCACCUUCCCCUGAAGACAUGCAACACUGUUCACUCCUGCCUGGCCAGCUGAUUUACACUGAAGACUUGUAAGGGCUUUUGCUGUUUCCUAUUCUCUGAACACUGGGGAGAGUGGAUUUAUCCUCAUCCUCCUGCUAAGUAGUUCCCCUCACUCUCCUGGCAUUUGCACACCAGUGUCCAACCUGCUUCAAUAGCUUUGAAAACUCCAGUGCUCACUGCAGAUAGAUGGCCUUUGAAAAGCACCUCUCCCAGGCAUGUUGUGUUACUGCCUGUGGAACUGGAGUAGCACUGCUGAGGCAAUUCCAGCCCAGGAGCUGCCAUUUCUAGCUUUGGGUUUACAUGGAUUUCAUAAGUGUGUAUUGCAGAUAAGAAGAGCUCAGUAGAAUCUGGAGUGAUUUCAUUCAACUACAUAAUGUUCAUUUCUUGAUUAAGCCUGUAUUUCUUCUGCCAAAUAUAUUGCAUGUGAAUUUCAGGAUCCUGCAGUUAUGACAAAAAUAAAACUUUGCUUGGCCAAAAA